GGAGCCCGUCCUGCUCUACUCCAGGCCAUGGUGAUUCUACGAUUCAUCACACUUGCUCUGGUGACAGGGCUUGUAGGGGGAGAGACAAGGAUCAUCAAGGGUUACGAGUGCACCCCUCAUUCCCAGCCAUGGCAGGUGGCCCUCUUUCAGAAGACACGGCUUCUCUGUGGGGCAACCCUCAUCAACCCCAAAUGGCUCCUGACAGCAGCCCACUGCCGCAAGCCCCGUUACGUGAUCCUUCUUGGGGAGCACAAUCUGGAGAAGACAGAUGGCUAUGAGCAGAAGCGGAUGGCCACUGAGUCCUUCCCCCACCCCGGCUUUAACAACAGCCUCCCCAACAAAGACCACCGGAAUGACAUCAUGCUGGUGAAGAUGUCAUCUCCCGCCAUCCUUACCCGAGCUGUGCAGCCACUCACCCUGUCCUCCCACUGCGUCACUGCGGGCACCAGCUGCCUCAUUUCCGGAUGGGGCACCACGUCCAGCCCCCAGUUGCGCCUGCCUCAUUCCUUGCGAUGUGCCAAUGUCUCCAUCAUUGAACACAAGGAGUGUGAGAAUGCCUACCCAGGCAACAUCACAGAAACCAUGCUGUGUGCCAGUGUUCGGAAAGAGGGCAAAGACUCCUGCCAGGGUGACUCUGGAGGCCCUCUCGUCUGUAAUGGGUCUCUUCAAGGCAUCAUCUCCUGGGGUCAGGACCCAUGUGCAGUCACCAGAAAGCCUGGUGUCUAUACAAAAGUCUGCAAAUAUACUGACUGGAUCUACGAGAUUAUGAAAAACAACUAG